AUGACGGCGAAGAAGAAUCAGACUCUGCAGAAUGGAAGUGACAAGGAGAACGUGCUGCAGAGGGUCCUGCAGCUGCCAGUGGUGAGCUCGACCUGCAAAAGCCUCCAGCGAACCUACACCAGCACCAAGGAGGCCCACCCACUCAUGGCUUCCGUGUGCGAGGUCUACGAGCGGGGUGUGCAGGGUGCCGGCGCCUUGGCCAUGUGGAGCGUGGAACCUGUGGUGCGCAGGCUGGAGCCUCAGUUCGCUGUGGCUAACAACCUGGCUUGCCGGGGCUUGGACCACCUGGAGGAGAAGAUCCCUGCCCUCCAGUAUCCCGUCGACAAGCUCGCAUCCGAACUGAAGGGCACCAUCUCCACCCCACUCCAAAGUGCCAAAAGCACCAUUGGCAACUCCGUGGAUAAGAUCAUGGAGCUGGCGGCAGAGGGCUACGAGGCCACCAAGAGCACAGUGGAAACAACGGCAAGGUACACGAGGAGGAACUCGGUGAGCCAGAUGGCAGCCGCCGGGGUCGAUACGGCCCUGGGAGGGCUGGAGAAGCUGAUGGAGUACCUGCUGCCGGAGGAGGAUGAAGAAGCAGAUCAGAAGCACAAAGAGCCACGUGGGUCAGUGGUAAAGGUCUCCCAGCAGCAGCCCAGCCCUUCCAGCGCUCCCAGCACUCCCAGUGCUCCCAGCACCCUGGGCCGGAUUGGCACCUUGGUUAGCACCGUCUCCCACCGCGCUUACCAGCAAACCACCCAAACCCUCCAGCGUGCCAAAGCUAAAGGGCAGGAACUGGCCACAUGGAUCCCCAUCCUGGGCAGCCUGGCCAAGCCCAGCGUGCCUGAGGAGCCACGGGUCCAUGGUGAUGGGCAGAGCACGGCAGCUGGCUGGCUGAGCCGCCGGCAGAGCAAGGUGCCAGAGCAGAAGCAGGAAAAAGCAGGGAAGAAAGACGACCACCACACCAAGGAGGUGGGGGAUGGCCCCGGGCUGGUGGGCAGCGUGGCUCACAACCUGCAAACUGCCUGCGCCUCCGGCAUCUCCAGCGUGAAGAAGGUCCCGGCUGUGGCCUGGGACGCGGCGGAGGGUUUGAUCCUCUUCACACCCCGCAGGCUGUCCAAGGCCAUGGAGACAGUUGGCACCCUCGUCAGUGCCCCCAAGCAUCUGCUGGGCACCCUGUACAGCUACGUGCCGCUCCGCAGGCAGUCGGUGAAGGAAGAGGAGGCAGCUGGGGGGACCUCGGAGCCAGAGUGUCCCCUCCCGCGGAAAUCCGCCUUCGCCCCCUACAACAGGCGGGUGAGCGAGGGCUCCUACCGCUUCAGCCCCGAGGCCAUGUACAGCCGGGCUUACUACACCAACCUCUACAGCCCUGCCUUCAAGAAGGACUGA